AAUUAAAUAAAAAAGAAAAAUAAAUUGCAAAUCCUUUUAGAGAGAGAAAGUGAAGGAGCACGAAGACGAAAGAACGGACCUCUAAAACUCUAAAGCACAUUUUUACAUUAAAUUCUCACGCAGAACACACACUGGCAUAUACAUACACGUAUUUUGUCUAUCUAUCAACCUCCAUAUUCAUAUUUUUGGUAAUGCUUUGAUGAAUUUCACGUAAUCUAGGGCACAAAUAGUCCCUUUGCUUUGAGUUGAGGUACCUUGUGCAUCGAAAGAAAAACCCUAGAGCAGGACCAAAAUUCUGAGAGGCCUCACGUUUUACGAGCCCUAGAUUGCAAUUCGUUCCUGCCUAGUCGUAAUUCAGUAGGAGUUCUUUUCCAUGUUAAUGGUGGAGACCAUGUGUAACAGUUGAAGUGGGGAAUGCAUGGGAUGUAGUUCAGCAUCUGUUCGCAUAGUCAAUGCCGAAGUUGAUUCUAUGGGAGGUGUUGUUGAGGGCGGAGUUGGAAUUGCAAUCAAAUCUUCUCCGCAUAAAGUAGCAAUCGAGAAGGUUCAAGUGGAGCUCAGGCAAGAAUGUGGCGUUCGGGAUGAACGAAAAAGAGAAUUGGAUUUUCUUGAGAAGGGUGGAAAUCCCUUAGAUUAUAAUUUUGGGAUUGUUGCUUCAGUUAGUGUUCAGUCUACUUCAAUUACUGGCCAACAUCCUGACCAGUUUGUGACCAGUGAAGCAAAAGGCAGUCUUGCAUUUACAGCAUCACCUCAUGGAGACUCUGUUGAGAGUAGUGGUAGACCUGGGACAACUCCUUGUGAUCCCAAUAGUGCUGAUAAUCUCUUGUUAUUUGAUGCUGAAAAUGAAUUUUCUGAAGGUGGUAGGAGUUUGUUGCGUAGGAGUAGUGUUAUGCAAUCUGAACAAUCUUUACAAAUGGAUGGGGGUCUUAAAAGUCGGGAACAAGGGGAUUCAGCCACUUUUUCUCUUCCUAGAAAAGCAUACAAGAGAAGGAACAGAUCCCGACCCAAUCGUGAUGGAACUAGGUCGAGUUCUACUGAUGUAAAUCCUGCUCACGGGUUUCAUGGAGCUUCCCUACCUUCUCGUCAUGUCCCCAAGGAUGUUGAAGUAUUGACAUGUGAUGCAAAUAAUCAAAAUAUAAUGUCAAAUCUGAAUUCAAAGCCUACAAGUCCAGGUAAUGAUAUCCUUCCCAAGACUGUGGCAACAGAUUGUCAGGAUAUUGGGUUGGAUGAGUUGAAGUCUUCUAAAUCAACCAAGGACCAUAUACAAGGUGUUUCCUCGGUUACUCCAUCAGAUGUUAUUGCUUCUGAGAACCCGUUAAACGGUCAGCUUAACCAACAAUCACUUUUAGUGGUCGCAGACACUCUUAACCAGAUAGAUUCUAAUGGGCCUAAAGCAAUCCAGACUGUAGAAAUGACUUCUGCAGCCAUUGAGUGUCAACCAAGUGCAACUACUAUAAAGGUUGAGAAUCAAUCUACUUCAUGCCAGAUUAAUGGUUUUGGCAGAAAGAUAGGGGAUGAUACCAUGACUGACACUCAUAAUAAUGGCGCUUCCCAUGACAUAAAGCUUUUGGAUUCUGAGUCGUCUUGCACGCAGACCAGUCUAAGUAUUGAUGGGAACAAUGACAGUGAAAUGUGUACUGUAGUGAGAAAUCUUGAGUCUAAUGGGAAUCUUAAAAAUCAAACUCCACUAGAUGGGAUGACUGUUCCAGAAAGUGACAAGUUUGAAAAAGAAAUGAAAGAUACAGAAGGGAUUAACAGCUCUGCUUUUAUCAACAAGGAGUGCGCUUCUGCUUGUCAUAGUAAGCUGGAUAAGGAUUCUUUACUGCCCCCAAAGAAUGAAUUAGCUCAAGUGGAAUCUGCACUGGAAGACAAGGUGAAAGAUCAAUGUAUCAGUGAGGGCACGGAAGCUCCUAUCACCACUCAAUUAGAAUCUGGGUUGAAACCCACUGUUCCUUUGGUUGAUAAUCCUGGACAACCCAAAGAAACAUCUUCGGAUGUAAGGCAUCAGGAAACUUUUGAUCUCUCAAAAUCAGAGCUCCCUGACGUUGCAUUUUCAAAUAGGGUUUCUACUGUUUCCAUUGAGGCUCAAACUUCUCCUGGGUCAGACUCAAAAUUGACGAGCAAAAUUGAUGAAGAUUCAGUAUUGAAAGAAGCACAAAUUAUAGAGGCCAAACGCAAGAGAAUUGCAGAAUUGUCUGUUGUAACAUCUCCAGUAGAGAUUUGUCAGAAAUCUCAUUGGGAUUAUGUACUUGAAGAAAUGGCGUGGUUGGCUAAUGAUUUUGCACAGGAGCGUAUUUGGAAACUAGCUGCUGCCUCUCAAAUAUCUUACCGAGUUGCUGUCGCUUCUCGAUUAAGAAAACAAGGAAGCCGUUCUGGCUUGGAUGCAAAGAAAGUUGCCCAUUCCUUGGCUAAAGCCGUCAUGGAGUUCUGGCACUCUAUAGAGUUGCAAGUUCAAGAGACAAGCAAAGAACUGGAGCAGCAUUGCCGAAAAAAUGGGUCCCUUUCAAUCCGGUCUUAUGCAGUGAGUUUCUUGAAAUGUGAAAGACCAGAUGUUUUCAAUAACCAAGCAGAGGUGCCGCUAACACCAGAUAGAAUAUCUGACUCUGGAAUACUGGAUCUCUCUUGGGAGGAUAGUUUGACUGAAGAGAACCUUUUCUACACAGUACCCCCUGGAGCUGUAGAGGCCUACAGAAUGACAAUUGAUUCUCAUGUGUCUCAGUAUGAGAGAAUUGGGAGUUCUGCGCAAGAGGAAGUGGAGACAUCUGCUUGUGAUGCUGCAGCAGACUUUGAAUUUCAUGAUAAUGGGUAUGAUGAGGAUGAAGGAGAAACAAACAUUUAUAGCAUGCCGACGGCCUUUGAAGGUACCAAAUCUUCAAGAUAUGGCCAAAAGAAGCGGAAACAUUUAGUGCAAGCAUAUGGUGCAAGGCCAUAUGAACUGGGCUCUGAUCUGUUACCUAUGCAGUCUUCAGAAAAUAGAUUAGUAACUCCACAAUUUGCUAUACUGGCAAAACGGCCAGGCAGCAAUAUUAAUGUGUCAAUUCCUACAAAACGUAUGCGAACUGCUUCCAGGAGAGUUAUCAGUCCUUUUGGUGCUGGGGUAUCUGGAGGUAUUCAGGUUCCAAAUAAAACAGAUGCUUCAAGUUGUGAUACGAAUUCAUUUCAGGAUGAUCAGAGCACCCUACGUGGUGGAUUGGUCGUUCCAAAUAGCUUGGAAGUUGAGUCAGCUGGGGAAUUUGAAAAGCAAUUACCAUUUGACUCUGCUGAAGUAUCAACAAGACCUAAAAAGAAGAAAAAAGCAAAGCAUUUGAAUACCACAUAUGAACAGAGAUGGCCGGUUGAUUCAAGCUUUCAAAAUGAGCAGUUUCAUAGGGAUCUUUAUCAAAAGAGGACUGAGAUUCAUCAGCCUGAGUUAAAUGGAAAUAAUGGGCUACUGGGUCAACACAUUGCAAAGAAGCCGAAGCUUAUGCGGCAAUCACAAGAUAACUCUUUUGACAAUAUCCCACCAAGUGCUCUGUCUGUUCCUUCUCCAGUCGGUUCCCAAAUGAGUAAUAUGUCCAAUCCAAACCAGUUCAUUAAAAUGCUUGGUGGUCGGGACCGGGGCAGGAAACCUAAAUCUCUGAAGAUGCCUUCUGGGCAGGCGGGGGCAGGAAUUCCGUGGUCACUCUUUGAAGAUCAGGCCCUUGUUGUUCUCGCACAUGACCUUGGGCCCAACUGGGAGCUUGUAAGUGAUGCUUUUAAUAGCACUUUGCAUUUCAAGUAUAUAUUCCGCAAAGCUAAAGAAUGCAAGGAGCGGCAUAUAUGCUUGAUGGAUAGAAGUUCUGGAGAUGGGGCUGAUAGUGCUGAUGACUCUGGGUCUUCGCAACCUUAUCCAUCUACAUUACCUGGCAUUCCAAAGGGAAGUGCCAGACAGUUGUUUCAACGUUUACAGGGGCCAAUGGAAGAAGAUACCCUUAAAUCUCACUUUGAGCAGAUAAUUGUGAUUGGACAGAAACAACUUUAUCGGAAAACUCAGAAUGAUAACCAGGAUCCAAAGCAAUUCCAGCGGCCUCACAGCUCUCACGCAAUUGCUCUUUCUCAAGUUUGUCCAAAUAAUCCAAAUGGAGGCUCUGUUUUAACGCCUCUAGACCUGUGCGAUGCGAACUUUUCUGGGCCUGAUGUACUUCCUCUUGGGUAUCAAGGGGCACAUUCUAGUGGAUUGGCUAUUCCUAAUCAGAACACCAUGACUCAAAUGCUUCCGGCAUCUGGUGGCACUGCUGCAUUGCAGGGAGCCUCAAAUAUGAUGAUUGGCAAUAAUUUCUCAUCUUCACCGGCUCCACUUAAUACAUCUGCCAGGGAUGCUAGAUAUGGACUUCCCAGGUCAGGAUCAUUACCCGCUGAAGAACAUCAGAGGAUGCAUCUCUACAAUCAAAUGAUAACUGGUAGAAAUAUACCACAAUCCAGUAUCUCUGCUCCUGGAGCCGUUCCAGGAACUGAUCGUGGUGCUCGUAUGCUUUCGAGCGGCAAUGGCAUGGGUAUGAUGUCUGGUGCUAACCGGAACAUGCCUAUAGCAAGGCCUGGGGUGCAAGGAAUUCCUUCGCCAUCUAUGGUUAAUUCUGGCAGUGUGGUUUCCCCUGGUUUGUCAUCUGGAAAUAUGCACACUGGGGUAGGUGCUGGUCAGGGAAGCUCAAUGGUCAGACCUCGUGAAGCUUUGAACAUGCAGCGGCCUGGCCUGAGUCAAGAUCCACAGAGGCAAAUGAUGGCGUCUGACCUUCAGACGCCUGGCAACAGCCAAGGAGUGUCUCACUUUGGUGGAUUAAGUUCUUCUUUUACUAACCAGACGACUUCACCGCCUGUGUCAUCUUACCCUCUUCAUCAUCAGCCAUCCCAUCCGAUGUCUCCACAACAGCCUCAAGUUCUAAGUCCUCAUCAGUCACAUUUUCAAGGACAAGCAAAUCAUGCUCCCAACACCCAGCAGCAAGCCUAUGCAUAUCGCUUGGCCAAAGAGAGACAGCUGCAACAUCGUUUUCUGCAGCAACAGCAGCAGCAGCAGCAGCAGCAACAGCAACAGCAACAGCAACAGCAACAGUUUGCUUCAUCAAAUUCUAUGGUGUCACAUGUACCGUCACAGACUCAACUUCCUGUAUCGUCAUCUCCAAUGCAAAAUAGUCCACAAGUACAACCCCAAACAAGUUCUCCACCGGUGACAUCUACUCCUUCGAUGAAUGCAAUGCCUCAGCCCCAGCAGAAACAUCAAAUGCCAACUCAAGGAGUUUCACGAAAUGCUCAGUCUGGUGGCAGUGGGUUAAACAAUCAGACAGGUAAGCAGCGGGCAAGGCAACCACAUCAGUUUUCGCAGGCUAACAGGCAACAUCCUCAGCAGCGACAGCAGUUACAGGCUCAACAACAAGCUAAGGUUGUCAAGGGAGUUGGUAGGGGGAAUCUGAUGAUGCACCAGAAUAUCUCAACUGAUGCCGUCUUACCUAAUGGAGUUUCGACAAUUACUGGGAACCAAUGUUUGGAGAAAGCAGAACCUGCUGCCAACUCUAUGCAGAGUCAAGGUUCGUAUACUGGUUCAGCACAAAAUUCUGUGCAACCAUCAAGGCAAUACAUGGCUUCGCAAUCCAAUCAAAUUCAGAAAAAGAUGUAUCCCGGCCAAUCAUCCUCAUCAUUGAAACAUCCUCAACUGACGCCUCAGUCUGAUAAUAGCAAUCAAAAUCAUGGUCCUUCUGCUGCUCCUCCUGCUUCGUCUGCUCCCCAGCCGCCCAGUUCAUCUUUGGCUGUUACUGGGUCAAACAACCAAGCACCAUCUCACCAGAAGUUUGUGAAUCAAAAUCAACCGGCUCUUCAGAGACUGGGUCAACCAAAUCGGAAGAUUACUCCGGACCCAACAAGUAAUCCCCAAGGUAGAGAUUCUGAUGUCAAUCAUCAUCCAGCAAGCAGCUUUGCUGGAAUGGAUGCAAUGACAACAUUACCUCAGGUUUCUAACAGCGGUUCAAAUGCAGUUCCAGUUGCUUCACAAUCAAGUUCUCAUAAGUGGCAUCCUUCUGAACCAUUAGUGGAUGCGAAUGCAUUAAAUUCGCCCAAAAGCUUGGUCUCUAUGCCGUCUAACUCAAGUGAGCCUGUGCCGCAAGCAGGCCAAGGGCUUGGCCAGAGACCACCUUCCAGCUUGCCCAUAGCUAGGCAUGACACUAAUGCACCAAGGCAACAGCCGCAGCAAUCGCUACAGCCUCCCUCUCCGGUACCCCAACCUCAGCAGCACCAGCAGUCACUGCAGCCGCUACAUUCUCAGCAGCAGGCGCAGCUUCUCCAAGCAGGGAGUGGCAAUUUGUAUGGUAGGUCGAGUGACACUAGAUUGGAAUGAAUGAAGGCCACCCAACACAUAGGCGCGACAAAUAUUGGUCAUGCCCAUAUUGGGUCAACAUACCCUUGAGAUAGCAGUGUACAGAGAAGCUCGUGGGUAGCAAAAGGGUGAGGGGAAGAUGAUCACUGAUCGGUGGUAAGACUUCUCUACAAAUCGUAAAGAUGCUCAUCGAUCAAAUUCUUGUUAGUAUGCUGUGUAUAUUAUUUAGACAAGUAGGGAUAGGUGUACAGUGUGUUUCACAUCUCCGUUAGGUGCUGUCAAUUAUUUUUUGGUGCUCGUCUGAGGAGCUAAUGUUUUGGUGACGCCUGUGUAGAUCAGUCAUGUAUUAUUGGCCGCAAUGCGUAGGAGCUCGUUAAUAUCUUGCUUAUAUGGCCGAAGGCUAUGGAAAUUUUGUGAAUAUUAGUCUCUCCUUGUGUAUACACUAGGCCGCAAUUUGUCCAAAAUAGUCAUCAUCCUCUGUGCCUGCAGUUUCCCACCAACAAAACUGGUUAAUCUUAUUGGUCGUUGCACCAUUUGUUUGUUUA